AUGGCUCCUACUGCUCAUCAGCAGGGGGCUGCGCGGGAGGAGCUAGAGGAGAAGAGCCGCCGGAAGGCCAUCGCCAGCGCCGUCGCCAACGGCGGAGGCAAGGCGGUUGCGGUGCGGUGCCACCCGGCGCUGGCGGAUCAUCCGGGGCGCAAGGCGUCCAUCAGGGGCGUGGUGGGCGAGCUGCUGGCGAUGGCGGGGAGAGCCGGCGGCAAGGGCGGCGGCGGCAAGAGCCUUAUCUCGCUCGGCGUCGGCGACGCGUCCUCCCACGCCUGCUUCCGCCGCGGCGGGAAGUUCGCCGCCGAGGCCGGCGCCGACGCCGCCAGGUCCGGCGCCUUCGACUGCUACGCGCCGUCCCACGGAUUCCCCGCCGCCCGCCGCGCGGUCGCCGAGUACCUGUCCGCGGGCGCGCGCCACCGCACGCACGACGCCGACGUGUUCAUGACGGUGGGCGGCACGGGCGCCAUCGCCGCCAUCACCACGGUGCUCGGCGGGGCUCCAGGGGCCAACAUCCUGCUGCCGCGCCCGGGCUUCUCGCCGUACGAGGCGGCCUGCGAGAUCGCGGGCGCCGAGCCCCGGUUCUACGACCUGCUGCCGCGGCGUGGCUGGGAGGCCGACCUCGCCGGCGUCCGCGCGCUGGCUGACUCCGCCACGGCUGCCGUCGUUGUCAUCAACCCCAAUAAUCCGUGCGGCGUCGUCUACUCAGCUCAGCACCUUCUACAGAUUGCUGAAACUGCAAGAGAUUUGGGGAUUCCAAUCAUAGCAGAUGAGGUAUAUGCACACAUGGUUUUUGGUGGCAGCAAGUUUGUGCCGAUGGCCUCCUUAGCGCACAUUGCGCCGGUUAUCACCAUCGGAGCUCUGUCAAAGAGAUUCAUGCUACCAGGAUGGCGUCUUGGUUGGUUGGCCUUCUGUGAUCCUAACGGCGCACUCAAGCAUGUUAGAACUGCGACCGAGAGGCUGCUGAAUGUGACUUCUGGACCUGCCUCCAUAGUUCAGGCGGCAGUUCCGAAGAUUAUUUCAGUUGAACAUCAGGAGUUCCACAGGAAUGUUGUUGACCUCCUUGAGUCUGCUGCUGACGCUCUGUACAGAAGAGUGAACCAAAUUGAAGCCCUGAAGUGCUACUCAAAGCCUGAGGGUUCAAUGUUUAUCAUGGUUGAGAUCAACACUUCAAUUCUAUGCGGUGUUGCCGAUGACAUGGACUUUGCACGUGAAUUGAUCAAAGAAGAAUGUGUCCUGGUUCUACCUGGUUCGAUCAUUGGGUUGAAGAACUGGGUUAGAAUAUUUUUCGGAGCACCUGUCAAUUUAAUACUAGAAGCCUGCGACAGGAUUGAGUUGUUCUGCCGGAGGAGGAUGCUCAAGCAAAACAACUGA